CAAAGUCUGGUCGGAUUUCUAAAGUUAGCGCCGAAGAGACGAGCGCUGUACGUCUCUGAGUAGCUGACAGAGCUCUCCAAAUCGCCCUGGAAACGUCUUUUCCGUACAGCAACAUGGCCGCGCCCGUUGGCUCGUAGAAAAAGAAAUUUCCUUUGCCAUGAAAGUGGCGUCUUUCAUGACCACGGUUUAGAGGGUUGCUUCUCAUGAUGCAAGUCUGGGAGACGUCGUGCAGUUUUUCUGACAGGGGAAGCAGUGAGAGAAGAGAAUGUCUGUGGUGCACCAACUGUCACCAGGAUGGUUACUAGAUCAUCUUUCUUUCAUUAACAACAUAAACUAUCAACUUCACCAACAUCAUAAGCCUUGCUGCAGUAAAAAUGAGCCCACUUCAUCUGUCCACUUUGAUACUCUUCAAACGGAUUCUUUGAUCUCUUUGGGAACCUCUGCUACCUUUAUUGCUUUUGACUCUACCACUAAGCCAGAUAAUGAUGCCAGAGGAAAUUGUGAAAUCUUCAUACAGAGAUAUGUUUUUCGAUCUGAGCUAUUUAAUGUCACCAAACCUUAUAUAACUCCAGCUGUUCACAAAGAAUGCCAACAAAGGAAUGAAAAGGAAGAUCCAAUGGAUGGUAUUAAAGAAGAAAACCGCAUUUCUAUUAUUGGGAAGAAGCGUAAAAGAUGUGUUGUUUUCAAUCAAGGUGAAUUGGAUGCUAUGGAAUAUCAUACAAAGAUCAGGGGACUGAUUUUGGAUGGCUCUUCAGAGUUAAUCCAAGAAGGUCUCAAAAGUGGCUUUCUUCAUCCACUUUCUGAAAAAUGGAACAAGUGUAGUGAGCCCAUUACUUUACCACUUGAUACCUGCAGUUUGUCAGAAUUAUGUACAAUGGCAAAGCAUUUGCCUUCUCUGAAUGAAAUGGAUCUUCAGGCAUUACAAUUGAUGGAAGAAGAUAUGUCUAUUACAGAACAGGAUUUAUUUUCACGGGUUGUUGAAAACAACUCUAGCUUUACAAAAAUGAUUACUUUAAUGGGACAGAAAUACCUGGUGCCACCAAAAAGCAGUUUUCUUUUGUCUGACAUUUCUUGCAUGCAUCCACUUCUGAACUGUAGGAAAACAUAUGAUGUAAUUGUGAUGGAUCCACCAUGGCAGAACAAAUCAGUUAAAAGAAGUAACAGGUACAGCUAUUUAUCACCAUUGCAAAUAAAGCAGAUACCUAUUCCUAAACUGGCGGCUCCAAACUGUCUUAUCAUUACUUGGGUGACCAAUAGACAGAAGCACCUACGUUUUGUAAAGGAAGAACUUUAUCCUUCUUGGUCUGUUGAGAUAGUUGCUGAGUGGCACUGGGUAAAAAUCACCAAUUCAGGAGAAUUUGUGUUCCCAUUAGAUUCUCCGCACAAAAAGCCUUAUGAAGGUCUUAUACUGGGGAGAGUUCGAGAAAAAACUGCUGUACCGUUAAGGAAUGAAGAUGUAAAAGUACUUCCCAUUCCAGAUCACAAGUUAAUUGUCAGUGUGCCCUGUACUCUUCAUUCACAUAAGCCACCGCUUGCUGAGGUUCUAAAAGACUAUAUCAAGCCAGAUGGGGAAUGUUUGGAAUUGUUUGCUCGAAAUUUACAGCCAGGUUGGACUAGUUGGGGCAACGAAGUUCUCAAAUUUCAACACAUGGAUUAUUUUGUUGCUCUGCAGUCUAGAAGCUGACUAUGAUCUUAAAGUUGUGAUUUUCUUCACUUUUUCCUCAACCCUUUUUCCUUCAUUCUAACUGAUAUUUCCUUUUCUUACCAACCAGUAUGCUUAGAAAUGUAAACAGGACUUGGUUUCCACUUUGGUGGAAGUGACUAGUCUUUAUGUAAUUUUGAGAUGAAUUUACUUCCGUUGCACUAGUAGUCCCCAUUAUUCCGGAUUCACUGCAAAUAAAGAGGUAAGCAGUUAGAAAAAUGACAAGACUUUGUUAUCGAAAAAGUUCGGAAAGCACGCACUAUGGACCAGAGGUCAUAAUUCUGCCUAUGGAUGUGUUUCAUUUGGCCCAUAUGGUGUUACAAAAGAAAUUUGAACCAUCAUUCUGAAAAUUUGAACCAUCAUUCUGAAAAAUCUACACAUAAAGUGUAGAUUUUUGCUUUUCUCUAAACAUCAGAAGCUCUGGCUGCAUUGAGGUCUGUAUUCUUUCCUGGCAUCAGUCAGUAGGACCCAGUGGUAGCAGCUCACUUGGGAAGGGACAUGGGCUCUGCAGUUUACCACAAAAACACUUGCUCCAUGCCACUCACUUGUAUUGUCUACAUGGCCCCUGUGCAACCCAAAUUUAUGAUCUCUGGUAUACUGUUGCAUUCUGGAAAAAAUAUUGAGAGACCUGCCGAGUACCUCAUUAUUGUACUGAGCUUAUGAAACCUUUUUGGAGGGUUUUAAAUUGCAUUCAA